CCUUCAUGGGCUGGGUGGGUGGGUGGGCUGUCAAUGGGCUAACGGGUGGGCUUGGUUCAGAUAUUUCUUUCUUUUUCCGGAAAGGAAAAGGCCCGGCCCAAGCCCAUAGCCGGAGGGGAGGCGGGAAUAUAUAGAGGGGAAGAAGCAAAGUGCCACGCCGGUCGUUUACUCUGUGUAGGAGAAAGAAGAGAGAAAAGGUACCGGAGAUGGAGAAGCGAAUGAUGGCCGUACCUGAUUCACCCAAACGGGAAAAGACGGGAGAAGGACCUCCUCAGAUCGGCGCUGGAGAGCCGGCGCCAUCAUCAUCGUCGUCGUUUAAUCCGGCGCCGUUGGUACCUGCCGACGAGAACCUACCGGAUCCGAAAGCACCUGAAAUCGAGGAGGCGGGUGCGGGAGAUCCGCCGGCCCCGCCACCGUCUCGUCGUCGUCGGUUUUUGAAAGCGCCGCACAAGUAUCCAGAAGUCGGACGAUACAUUGACGAUUUUGAUGAUAAAGAAGAUCCCCCUGAAGUUUUUGAGCGGAUGAGAUGGGAUACUGCCAUUGUUGCGAACGAAGCUCUCGAAUACUACAAUUCGAAGGAGGGUACAAACUACGUGCUCCGGAAUCCCUUGCACAGCUGGUGUAGUCUAUUUCCCGGCCAACUUAUCAUCCACGCCAACUUCAAAGCCAAGAACAUCGUCGACCCGAGUGGGCAGAACAACCCUCCCAGUGAGCUCUUCUUCUCUGAGACGGUCCGAUUCUACCGGCAGCCAUCCAAGAUUCUUACCUGUCUCACCAUGGAUAAGCGUAGCAGUGAUAUAAACAGAGGUUGUCUGUACUGUCCGAGCCAUAUACGAAAGAAGAGUUUCUACCAUCCUCCUAUGGGGAAGUCAGAGUUUGGCGAGGAUCAGGAGAAGGACGAUGCGCAGUUUGAAUAUGAAGAUUCGAGCUCAGAUUCGGCCAUGGAUGAAGAUUAGCUGCUUAACGAAAUCAUUUUUUUUUAAUUAAAUGUUGUUCGUUGGCAUGCCAUACCAAAGAUCAAAGUGAAACAACCAUGCUGUGGAAAGUUUAGCACUAUGAAAUGUAGAUACUUUUCCAGAUUUUCCAGUUACCUAGCUGUUUUAACAGCCCAGCUGUCUAAGUUCCUAUUUCCAACAGAACUAAAAACUUAAAGCAACACUUUUACUAGUUCAGACAACAUACUUGGUACUAAGUACUAACCAUGUAAUCGAACAAAAGCUUCCUUG